AUGAGUUUAUCUCAGAUUCAGGAUCAAAUUGAUGCUAAUGGUAUGGAUGAUCAACUUUAUGCUUUGGAGGCUGAUGCCAAGACAGCCCUAUUUAAGGCCAUGGAAAACCAUGAAAAAAUUUGGGCUAAAAAGGCAAAGAUUAGAUGGUUGAAAUUUGGUGUUAGAAACUCUAAAUUCUUCCAUCUCUCUGCUAAAAUUAGGAGGAAUAAGAAUAUCAUUAGAUUUCUUAAGAACCAGGAUAGGUCCACGGUUGAAGAGAUAAAGAGAGCAGUGUGGGAGCUUGACCCAGACAGCUUGCUUGGUCCAGACAGUUUCCCUGGGGCUUUCUUCAGAAGAUGUUGGCAUAUUGUGGAAAGAGAAGUUAGCAAUGCAGUGAGAUAUUUUUGCAGCUCGAGUUUCAUGCCUAAGGAGGUCAAUAACAAUUUCCUUGUUUUGAUCCUGAAGUGGUUGGAGCUACUUCUUCUCAGAUUGAUCUCUGAAGAGCAACGUGCUUUCCAGAAGGGGAAGUUGAUCCAUAAUAAUAUUAGCGUGGUGUCAGAGCUUGCAAAUAUUAAGUUCUCGUCCACUAGAGGAGGGGGUUUGGGCCUACAAAUAGACACCAAAAAAGCUUAUGACACAAUUUCCUGGAAUUUUAUUGGAUGGCUUCACCAAAUCAUAAUAUCUACUAAGAUAUCAAUUCUUGUUAACGGAGGGCCGCACGGGUUCUUUGGUGUGGAGCGCGGUCUUAGACAAGAAGACCCGAUAUCGCCAAUGCUGUCUAUAAUUGCAGAAGAAGUGCUCUCUCAAGGGUUGACGAGGCUGAUCCAGAUGAAUCAGAUGAAGCCAAUCCAAGGAUCAAGAGGUGUUGACUCCAGGGCAUAUUCUGGUUGCUGA